CUCGAGGGGCCGAGCUGCCAGUGGCCCCGGCCCGCGCCCGGUCCCCCCCCCGCGCCAUGGCGCCGAAGGCGAAGGCGCGGGGCAGGGCAGAGCAGCCCCAGGGGCGCGGCCCGCGGGGCCAGGAGCGGCCCGCCCUGCGCCCCGUCCGCCGGCUCACGAAGAAGACCCGGUGCUUCUGGGUCGUCGUGCGCGGGGAGAUGGAGCUCUGCCAGCGGGCUGCGCAGCGGGAGGCGCAGAGCGAGAAGUUCCAGCGCGAGAAGCUGCUGGAGGAGGCGGAGGUGCGGCAGCUGGAGGAGCAGAUCGCCGCCGCGGAGGGCGACGACCAGGAGGGCCACGGCAGGCGCCGGGGCGCCAGGCACACGCCGCGCCCUGGCCGCUGAGGGGCGGGGGCCGCGGGGGGCGAGGCGGCCGCGGGCCGCCGCAGGUUGCGGCCCCCUCUGGGGUGGGAGGCCGCGCCGCCUGCGCCGCAUUCGGGGUCGGCUCCUCCUCCUCCGUCCUCCUCCUCCUCCUCCUCCGUCCUCCUCCUCCGUCCUCCUCCUCCUCCUCCUCCCUCCUCC